CAACUCAGACGGAGCAACCCAAACGGAAGAUAUUAAUCCGCAAGUUAAGUAAAUUUAAUUCAGAAAGAAGGGUCAACGUUCCUACUCCUGGGCCUUUCGUCCAGUAUACCGAAGAGCUAGCAUCCUACGCCCAUAUGGAUUUUGAUCAUCACGUUACUGACUUCGUAUAUAACUCUGAUCCCAUGGAAUGGAAUAUUCUAAAUUGCCUUAAAUAUCUGGAAGAGCAUGUGCAAUACACUUCUGAUAGCAAAAAAGAUAUUGUUUCCGCAUUUGUGAAAACGUUUAAACAAAUUAGUAAUUCCACUGCUCUGCUUCCUGGGGUAAAGAAAAAGGCCCAAAAAUUAUGCAAAAAUGCUGAAGAGACUUUUCAAAGAAAAGAAAUUGAUGAUUUUUUUAAAGAUCUGGAUCAUAAAUUUGAAACGAGUUCUUUCGAUAAUAAUGGCUGUGAACUGCUAAAGAAGUCUGGUGAUUUCAAUACACUGAGACUCUCAUCCCGUUAUAUGAAAAGGUCAUCAGAAUUUCUUGAAGAGGACGAGUCAGUAUCGAACCAAAGUAAUUAUUUUUUAAGAAAAAGACAUGAUAUCGAUUAUAAUGAGGAACGGAUGAUAAAGAAACAACAUCAAGAUAGAUACUCUACACCAUCACCAUGUAGUCCAACAUUACAUUCAUUGCCAAUAGAUAAUCCAUUUGUAGUAGAAGAGGACGAGGACGAGGAUGGCCCCAUAAUAAUUGAUGAUUUUUCAGAUGAACUAUCCUUCGAGAAUGGGGAUCCAGAAAAUGAUCUUAAGAUAGGAGAGGCCAAUGUGUCUCAAUUAUUCCGGCAGUAUCAAAAAGAGUCGUUAAAGAUCGCAAAGACUGGUGGUUUACUUGUUGAAUCAAACGUACAUGAAAUAUUGUCAUUGUCUUCGAUUUUUCUGCUUGUUCCAGGUUCUCACCCAAAUACGAUGAUUAAUAUAUUUAGUUCUCCUUUGCUUGAUGAAAUCCAUCAACAAAUAAUCCCGACACAGCAAAUAGAAUUAGAUUCUGAGUGCGAAUCAAAGUUUAGGAAAGCGACCAAGAAAGCAAUGAAAGAGUCACGUGAAUGUGCUGUUGAUUGGCUGUGGUCAGAACUUUCAAAUGAUCAAACUUUAAAGGAGAACUUGGGCAUUGUAUUCUUAGAGUGUUUGAAAUCGUUACCAAUUACAAAGAUUAAAAAUGAACCCAGUGAAAUAACAUUGAUCACAAAUCAUCUAGACUACAUCAUUAAGGGGAUGUUGCAUAAUCCAGACAAGCACAUUGUUGAGUGGCCUAACACGGGUCUUGAUGAAAUAAGGCAAGAAAACUACGAGGAAGAAGCAAACCCGGACUUUACAGUAUCUAUUAUCCAUCAGCUUCAGAAGAAUGGCGUUAUAUUCGUGGGUGAAGUUAGUCCGCCUUCAGAAAAAAACAAUGUGUACAAGAAUUGUAAUGAUUUAAUUCGUGUUGGUGUUUUUAUGAAGGACUGCCAGGAUUCAACCAUAGACAAGGGUGCUGACAUAAAAAUACUAGGUUUUCAAUGCAUCGAGUAUACAGUUGACUUUUAUAUGAUGGAUCUUGUUCAGGGAAUGUAUGCCAUGAUUCACAUAGGCCAAGUGUCGAUUCCUACUUUCUUGAAAGAGAUAUCAACUUUCAUUGAGGAUAUGGAAACUCUUCUAGAAAUACACACAACUGUCACAAAAGCUGUUCAUUUAGGUUUGGACGUUUUUAGUGAAUAG